AUGCUGGGCGGCUUUUCCACCCGAAUCUCCGCGGCAUCUUUUGCCUUUCCUUCCUCCCCUCCACCACCCAAGACCCCACAGGAGUGGAAGAUGGCCUUGAUGGAGGUCAAGCGUCUCUAUCUCCAGCAGCAAUACAAACAGUGUGCCGCUCACGCUGCCGAUAUCAUGAUGACGGCCAAAAGGACUAUUCACCCCAUCUACAAAGCCUACCUGUCGUUCUACACGGCUAUCUCCUACGAGUUGCUUGGCCAGGCGGCCCAUCUCUACUCUGCCAAUAAAGUCUCCACUCUCCACGCAGCCCUGGACUCGUUCCUGGAUUGUGCCUCUACGCUUCCAGCUUCCAUUCCUCUGCCAAAAUCGUCCAUGGCUUACCUGACCCCGCCCACGAGCCCUACCUCUGUGUCAUUGUCAGCUUCGCCUCUGACACCUGGAAGCCUCCUUCUCGUAUUUGAUGGUCUUCAGCAUCGCUCCCCUCUGCAAGACUCCCUCGCCCGGAGUUUAUCGCGUAUGAUCGAUGUUUCCCUCGCUUCCAAUGAGGAGGACCCGUUCAUCUCAGACCACGACAACGAAUACCAAACUCCAUUCAUGCUGUCUCUGACCAAGCCAAUGGCGGCUCCUAGGGCCACAUUGAAAAACAACGUGCUUUUCCGCGUCAUGCUAAGUCCUGACAAGAUCACCGCCAAGGCAAAGUCUACAGACCCAAUCAAGACGGAAGCUCUGAUGCCGGCACCGCUUCGCAUUCAGAAAGCAUCGUGUAAAUCAACCUCAUGCGAGACCCCGACAAUUAUGAACCUGAACACUUCGAGAAAGAGUGCAGGCAGACCCCGCACUCCUCCACUCCCUUUGCAGGCUAUCUCAGCAAGUCAACUGAACAUCGACCGCAGCAAAUCGAAUAUUCGCGCUACCGCCUCCAAGCCAGUCCUCUCUUCCUCUUCGGGUCACAUCCACGUAACUCCUCCAAAGAAGAACAAUAAAAGCAGCAACGAACACCCUACCGAGGCUGUCUCACCCGUUGUUGUGGCACAGAUCAUCAAAUUCAACCGCGGUGUUGAGUUCCUCCGCUCACAGGUGACCACUAAUGUCUCUGACAUCCAGAGACACGCAGACCACGUCGCGGAGAUCCAGCGAGCUCGCCGCGCCCGAAAGAUUCAGCGAGCAGCCUCUUUUUGGAGCUUCUCACCCGUUACUACUGGAGAAGAGUCCGAAGCCCAGCAAGAUCCAGAGCCCAUCAUGGACCACUUUGGCAACAUCCUAAUCAGGGAGACAAAAGAGCAGCGGAUUGUCCGCUUGCGGGCUGAAGGAUGGAACACGGUGGGACUGCGGUCUCCCCGGAGCACCUGGAAGGGGGCCCGGUACUACCAGGAGUUUUGCAACAUGGUCCUGAAUGAGCUGUAUCUGGAUCGGUGA